UGGCAUAUGCAGCGUUUACCAACACUUGCCAAGUGCAUAGGAAACAAAAACAAAGCGCUGACAUUGAAAAAAAGCGAUAAUUUAACAAUAAUUGGGUGCAAUUUAAAGCGGAGAGUGAGAGAGAAAUUAGAGCGAGCGAGAGAGCGAUAGUGUGAAUGGGGAAAAAUCAAUUAUCCGUUUGCAAUGGAGCAGCGUGCGAAUUUCCUGGCACUCACCCUACUGGACGCCCUGGAAGAUGAGAACGAGGCGGACAUCUUGUCGAUGCUCGACAGGAAUGUGAUAAAUGCUGGAAUUGUGCCCUGCGACCGUGGCCUGGCACCGCUGCACUAUGUGUGCGGCAUGCGAAACGAGCAGCUGGCCCGCCGCAUACUCGAAAAGUUCCUGGAGAGCCCCGACUUGGAUGUGAACGCCUUGUGCGAUGGACAGACAACGGCCCUGCAUAUAGCCAGCAUCUAUGGGCGAGUGGAACUGGUGCGAAUGCUGCUGCAGCGUGGGGCACGCGCCGAUCUGCCCGAUGAUGAGAACAAGCUGCCGGUGCACUAUGCCAUCGAAGAGUGCCACUUCGAGGUGCUGCAGCUGCUGCGGGAUCACAUCUUUCGCGAGAAGCACAAGCAGAAGAACCUGAGGCUGCCGCAACAUCAGGCCGUGGCCAGCCCCACGCCCAAUCAGAUCCUUAAGUACAACUAUGAUGUGACAUCGCCCUAUUACAUUAACAUCACCCACAGGCGCCACAAGCCGCAGCCCAAGUUUCCAGAUAUCCCGAUGGACGCCACCACGCUGCCAGACGAGCAGUCGGUGAAUCUCUUCACACUCACGGAGGCCCAUCUAACGCAGCUGCUGCAGAGCCAAUGCCAAGAGGAUCCAGACCAGCCAAAGCGACGUUCCAUCAUCGAGAGCUGGCGCGAGAAGGUGGAGCGCUCGCGGGCGCGUCAGUCGCUGAUGCACAAGUACGACAAGCAUGUGGAGGCCAUAGUGGAGGAGGCACUGGCCCAGGAGGACUUCAACUACGAGCGGCACAUGCAAAAGAAGCUGCGCGAGGAGGAUGGCCUCGCAAUGGAAAUGGAGAUGCAGCAGCAGCAAAUCGACGAUGCGGCAGCGCCCAAUCGACAGAUCUUCCAGCAGCUGGUGGAGCAGGUGUCACAGGCACAGGUGAUAGAGCCCGAGCCGGACAACAGCUUUGUCACAGCCCGGGAGGCAGAGGAGCUGCCCGGCCACUCGCCACGACCCACAGACGAAUACUUUCUGCAGAUUAAAGAGGCCUACGUCCACACGGAUGAUGAGAACGGGUUGGUCUUCUACGAGGCAAAGUUCCUGCAAAAUGAUGAAAGGCAAGCCAAGAGAUUUGCAGAGCGAGGCCCUCAGCCGGAGCAGCAGCAGCGCCAGCAACAGCUGGACAGCACAGUCAGCACGAAUCUCACACUGCCACUGGACUACGAGACGGACGCACUGCGACGAGAGCUCACCCAAUUGGGUGCCUCUGUGGGUCCCAUAACCAAGACCACAAAGAGAUUGUACAUCAAACAGUUGAUCAAGUACAGAAGGAACACGGAUGCCUUGCUGGCCGCCCAGAAGCAUGCCCAGGAGUCGCAAAUCCGCUAUUCGGUGGAGCUGCACAGGACGCUCCGUUCGCCAGAGGACUUUGAGCGAAUCAGCGAGUUUAUGCCACAGGAGGCGGCCUCAUCGGAGCACUUUGCCACGGCGCCUAUUGUGAAGAGAACGCUGCGGGAGGGCCAUCUGAAGCAGAGCUUCAUCUACAUGCUGAUUGAUCCGCGUAUCUCGCGCAAUCUACCCGGCGAGAGCACCUUUCUGGAUAAGUUCAGCAUCUGGCAGCGAUUCCUCGACUCCAUCUUCUAUGUGGGCAAGGGAAAAUCGUCGCGGCCGUAUGCCCAUCUGUACGAUGCCAUGCGCCAGCACACGCGACUCAAUCAGAAGCGCGACAAUGGUCGGGAGCGAACAGAGAAGGCGGAACGAAAGGGCGGAUUUCGCACACUGCAGCCGGAUGUGUUUAAGUCGCCGCCGGCGCGUGAUGCCAAGCUUCUGGGCAGCAAGAAGCUCGAGCGGAUACUGGAGAUUUGGCAGAGCGAAAGCGGCGUCGUGUGCCUGCAUGUGUUCCAUAACAUAAUGCCCAUUGAUGCGUACACGAGAGAGGCCUCCAUUAUCGAUGCCAUGGGCCUGGGACACCUGACAAAUCUGAAGCGUGGCGAUUACUACGGACCCGCUCAGUCGUGGACCAUGAAACAGAGGAAACAUUUGGGCAUUGCUCUGCUCUACAAGGCGAUGCACAUCUACCUGGCCGAGGGCGAGUCCCAGUUGUCGCCCAGCGACUUAAUUUGAUUCGAUUAGAUUAAUAGGUCACUAAGCUAAGCACUAAGUAGUUAGGCAAUUGGGUACCCAGUACGUACAAAGUGCAAACAUGUUCAAAAAGAUUGAUCUCUUGUAUUUAAAUUUAAAGAAAAACUAAAACUAAUUAAAUAAGUAAUAAAAUAAAGAAAUUGGGUCAAAAGUAAAUUCAAAAGGCAGAAAU